GCAACCAAGACGACAACAAACGCAGGAUGGCGGACGAGCCGUCUGUUAAAAAACAAGUUAAGAUCACAACACCUGAUAUAGAGCGGGAAAUUAGAGAUGAGAGCUCUGAUAGAAAAAAGAAGGGACGUAAGGAUGAGUUGUUAAAAGAUGAUCGGGGCUCAGAGAUUCCCACCACUUCCCAAUCUCAGAGGGUAGACAUUUCUCGUAUUCAGAGCGCUUACUCAGACAGAUGUCACUCGAGGUCUAAUUUCCCCCUAGUGCUGGACGAGUAUGGAGAGGAACAAGAUCCAAGGGAUAAAGAAAACAAAAAGAAGAAAAGUUCAAAGAAAGUCUCUAAAUCUGAGGCACAUGAUGAUGAGGUGCAGGAAAAGAGGAGAAAAAAGCAAGAGGAGCUGGAUUCUCGCACUGCCCAUGAGAGAUACAUACAAGUAAUGGAUGACCUGAACAAUAGACCCGUGGAGGACCGCUUCUACUCCAAAAAAGUGGCAGCCAUUGCAACGUCAGUCACCAAGUUCCAGGACAGGAACACUAAUUCUCCGAUCAAAUCUCCACGAGUAGAAAUCAUGGAGGUCGCCAAGGCAAACAAGAAGGCCCAUAAAAAGAAAGAGAGGCACGUUCUCACUACAAAUAAUGAACAUCUGAAAUACAUAACAAAGACAGAAACGGCAAAGAUAGUUGAGAUACAGGACAGACUGAUUAAGGAGGGAAAGCUAAAAACACAAGCUGAUAUUGAUAAAUUCCGAGAAGACGCUAAGGACCCCGUUCUUCUGAAUUCUUACACAUCAAAGUUCUCAGUCAAGCAAGAUGUCAGUUCCACAAGUGUGACUAACCUAAAACCAGAAAAGUCUCUCCCCCAUGCCUCACUGGCAGAGUUACCUCCCCGAUCUCUGAGUUAUAUAUCCGAGCGGUCUUCUAGACCUGAUACACGACAGGACUGGGCCGUCACUCAACAGUUCAAACAUAAACAUGAGCAGGGUAAGAGCUUGACCCCCCAUCAGAUUGCCAGACAGGCCGCCCAGGACCUAGAGAAGAGGUUCCCAAAGACACAGAUGCCACCAAUGAAGAGCUUUACUAUAGAUCUUGGAGAGAAACCCCCCGACCCUGAGGAGUUGCAGAGAGAGAUUGAUUUGAAGGUCAGAAUAAAACAAAGGAAGAAGUUUCUGAGGAAACUAAACAGAAUGUAUCAGCUGUCAAUGGCCCACAAUGCAGCAACCAACAGGAUACUGGAGAAACAUGGUGAAAUCAACCAAAUCUUGGAGGGAAAUAGUCUUCGAGAUGUGGUGGCAACUUUACCAGCUCCAGAGGAUGUUUACAUCACCGAGGAGGACAUUCGUGUUCCCGACCCUGUGGAAAUAUUUGGUCCACUCGUCGAGUCUGUGCCAGUCUCUAGGGCCAGUACUCGAACUAACCUAGUAUCCCAGAGGGGUAGCAGAGAAAAUCUGGCUUCUCAGAAAGGAAGCAGAGAGAAUCUGUACAGUCGGGGGUCAUCUAAAGCCUCCUCCAAAAUUGUCAGGAGGCAGACUUUCAGUGUAGGAGAUGUAAAGGAAGAUAAAGCUUUGACCUUGCCCCCAGCUCCCUUACCCCUCACCAUGGAUGAAAUCAGGUCCAAGGCCAAAGUCAUUGAGGCUAAAUGUCUUAGUACAAACUGGGUAAACUACAUGAGAUCUGGGAAGCCUACAGCAUGAACACUCGAUCUCCUAGACUGGCAUCUUCUGUUACACAACCUCAACUCACCAAGUCGUGUUUUAUUUAAAAGAUAUCCCAUUCUGUAUCCAUAUUUGGAAUGUGUUCACUUCCUUUUUGAGCACAACUUUUUGAUCCUAGUCAGAAACUGGUUUGUACACUCUCUAUUCUUAUCCAGAAGUCCACUGUACAUCACCUGGUGCAUUUACCAAGACAUUCAGUAAAAUUAAUCUAUUUAUUAAGAAAUUAAUUACAUUGGGAACAUUUAACCAUUUUUUUCACAAUCUUAAGUUUUGAUUUUAUUGCAUCAUUUCACAACAUAUUUCAACAGACAUUCAAGUACUCAUGUUUUUAAAAUUAUUAUUUAAUUUAUUGUUUUUAAGUACCAUUAUAAGUUCCACAAAUAUUUGAAAAUUGCUUUUCGCAACCCAAAUUUUCGAGACUGCUUACAGUCUAUCUUUCGAGAUAAUUUGUGUUGUUUAUGGUACAUUUUAUGGUACAUAUCUAUUCUAUGCAGUUUAAUCUCUUGAAUUUGUGUUAUAUAUAUAUAUUAUAAUACUUCUAUUUUGUCACAGUUAUGUUUGUUGUAAUG